CUGCUUGUCACCAAACCGUCCGACACAUAUUGAAAGAGGAGGAUCCAAUCGAUGGGGAAUUACAAAUCAAGACCGUCUCAGACGUGUACAGAUGAGUGGAAGAAGAAGGUGACCGAGUCGUACACUGUGAUCGUGGAGAGGUUAGAUGAUGACCUCCAGCUCAAAGACAAUGAGCAAGCAGACCUCAAACUUGCUUUCAGCUCGGAUGAGGCCUUCCAGAAGGUGAACGUGAGCUACAGGACAGACAAGGGGCUGUCACUGCUGCACCUCUGCUGCGUGUGUGGAGGUAACAAGUCCCACAUUCAGACGCUGAUGGGCAAAGGUCUGCGUCCAUCCAGACUGAGCAGAAACGGAUUCACAGCGCUUCACCUGGCUGCUUACAAGGACAAUGCUGAGCUGCUCACCGCUCUGCUCCAUGGUGGGUCAGAUAUUCAACAAGUGGGCUACGGUGCUCUCACUGCUCUACACGUGGCUUCUCUGGCGGGUCACCACGAGGCAUCAGAUAUUCUGCUGCAGCAUGGAGCUUUUGUUAACGUCCAGGAUGCUGUGUUCUUCACUCCACUCCACAUCGCCUGCUACAACGGAAACGAGCAGAUAGCAAAGCUUCUGCUUAAGUUCGGGGCUGAUGUGAACGUGAGUGGAGAGGUGGGUGACCGGCCGCUCCACCUGGCUGCUGCCAAGGGUUUCCUGGACAUUGUUAAACUACUGAUGGAGGACGGGAGCAAAGCCAAUGUCAACGCGCAGGACAAUGAGGAUCACGUCCCCCUUCACUUCUGUGCUCGCUUUGGCCACGACGAGAUCGUUCGCUUCCUCCUCGAGGGAAACUUUGAUGCUCAGCCUCACUCUGUCAACAUCUACGGGGACACACCUCUGCACUUAGCCUGCUACAAUGGAAAAUUUGGCUCCGUGAAGGAACUGGUGCAACUGUCUGGGACUGAAAGUCUGUCAAAAGAGAACAUCUUCAGCGAGACCGUCCUACACAGUGCGUGCACUUAUGGCAAAGACCUGGAGAUGGUGAAGUAUUUGUUGAGCCAGAGCGCCAUGAACAUCAACCAUCAGGGCAGAGACGGACACACAGCUCUGCACAGCGCCUGCUUCCAUGGCCACAUCCGUCUGGUGCAGAUGUUGCUGGACAACGGUGCGGACAUGAACCUGGUGGCCUGCGAUCCCAGCAGGUCCAGUGGGGAGAAGGACGAGCAGACCUGUCUAAUGUGGGCUUAUGAAAAAGGUCAUGACGCCAUUGUUACUUUGCUGAAACACUACAAGCGUCCAGACGACUCCCCCUGCAAUGAGUACUCCCAGCCAGGAGGGGAUGGAUCCUACGUUUCUGUUCCGUCUCCUCUGGGGAAGAUCAAGAGCAUGACCAAGGAGAAGGCAGAAGUCCUCCUGCUCCGGGCCACACUCCCCACUCACUUCCAGCUGCAGCUAUCCGAACUGGAAUUCAACGAAAUAAUUGGAUCAGGUUCCUUUGGAAGAGUGUAUAGAGGCAAGUGCAGAAACCGAAUAGUCGCCAUUAAACGCUACAGAGCAAACACCUACUGCUCCAAGUCAGACGUGGACAUGUUCUGCAGAGAGGUCUCCAUCCUCUGUCGCCUCAACCAUCCCUGCAUCAUACAGUUUGUGGGCGCAUGUCUGGACGACCCCAGCCAGUUCGCCAUCGUCACCCAGUACAUCUCUGGAGGAUCCCUCUUCUCACUGCUGCACGAGCAGAAGAGGCUCAUCGAUCUGCAGUCCAAGCUCAUCAUAGCCAUCGACGUGGCCAAGGGAAUGGAGUACCUGCACAACCUGACGCAGCCCAUCAUCCACAGAGACCUCAACAGCCACAACAUUCUGCUGUACGAGGACGGACACGCUGUGGUGGCCGAUUUUGGAGAAUCCAGGUUUCUGCAGUCGGUGGAGGAGGACAACAUGACCAAGCAGCCCGGGAACCUUCGCUGGAUGGCCCCUGAAGUCUUCAGCCAGUGCACCCGCUACUCUGUGAAGGCCGACAUGUUCAGCUAUGCCCUCUGUCUGUGGGAGCUGCUGACCGGAGAAAUCCCAUUUGCUCACUUGAAACCAGCUGCUGCAGCUGCAGACAUGGCCUACCACCACGUCCGGCCACCUGUGGGCUACUCCAUCCCGAAACCCAUCUCAGCCCUACUGAUGAGAGGCUGGAACGCCUGCCCCGAGGACCGACCGGAAUUCUCUGAAGUGGUGGCCAACUUAGAGGAGUGCUUGAGCAACGUAGAGCUGAUGUCGCCGGCCUCCAGCAACAGCAGCGGCUCCUUGUCUCCCUCCUCUUCCUCCGACUGUCUUCUGGGGCGAGGUGGCCCCAGUCGCAGUCACGUGGCUGCCCUGCGCUCCCGCUUUGAGCUGGAAUACGCUCUCAACACUCGGGCCUACGCCUUCUGGACACAGAGCGAACGGCGACGAGCAUCUGGAGGCUUGUCGAUGGAGGAGCUCAGACGGAACAUGCAGCUGUCUCCAAUCGAUCGCAAUGGGUAUGUGUCUGAUCCCAUGAGCACCAUGCGGUGCACCUCCUACAGCAGCAGCGGCAGCUUUGAGGACAGUAACUGAUUCACUACGCUCCAAAAUAAACACUUCUUUUGUAUAUAGUUUUGAUAGUGUUUGUGAUGAACUAACAUGUUUCUGUUUGAACUAGUACUUAGCUGUGUUGAACAUGU